GCGAAAGCCGUUUGGUUGCCCGGCGACCGGAACCCUUGGCAGCACCACGGAGAGCGCGCUGGAUGAAGGAGCCGUAGGCGGAGGGAUCACGUUCUACGCGAAAUGGCUUCAGUUCCUCAACUGGAUUUUCACAUGAGUGAAAGCAGUCCAGCCCAGAGCCUUCUGAGUACUGCGUGUUGCUGUGGCAGCAUACCAGCCCCGCCCAGCCAGCACAGCCACAUCCACAGGAUCCAUCAUCUUGCAAAACCGAAGAAAAUAGAGGAUGUUUGGAACUUUUCUAGGAAGUUGGUCUGGGGAAACCAAGAAACCAUCUGGCCCCUCUCCCCAUGGGCCUUGACAGGUCAGCCAAACAAAAGAAUCCUGAACCUAGCAAAACCCAAGAAGAACUUUGGCAGGAAACUCCAUCACAGGCCCCUCCAUGUGUUCAGCAGCAAUCUGGAGUCUACAAUCUGGGAACACCCUUCAGACAUCUAUCAUACAUCUGAACGGAUACGACUUUUAUCGGAACCUAGGCAGUACUCAACACUCUAUCUGGAACAGAGGCCAAGAAGGUCUGCAGUGUGGCCUGUCAGCUCGUCGGCAUUAUCUUGUAAAGCUUCCCAGCGGCUUCUGGACCUGUCGCAGCCAAGAAACCUAAGCCCGUCCUUCAUUUUUCCAAAAGAGCACAAAACACGCAUUAAACAGUCUGUCCGGACCGCUGUAGCAUCCGCACGGAUACAACGUCUUGCCCAGCCGAUAGUCAAGAAGAGCAACCCCUGCUACGAAAACCGAUAUAUGGAGGCUCCCAUCCGAAAAGUAAACCUGGCCGCCCUUCAAACAGUUGCGACUCCAAGACUAGUGGAACUAUCUAAAGCGAAAGCGCUGCCCCCGAAUAGCUUCCCUGACCGCCGUGCGGAGUGGUCCGUGUCACAGGCAGCAAAGAAAACAGUGGCUUCGCCAAGACUUUUGGAACUUGCUCGUUGUCCCACAAGAGCCUCCACCAACUUUGUACAAUUCAACCCAGAAGCCUUUACGGUGACAGAGGCAGCUAAGAAGGCACGCUGUACAGAUCGGCUCAACAAGCUAGCCGAACCAAUUUUGCGCUGAACCCUUUUGUUGUAACUAUCUGAGCCCAUUUAUUGGAACUAAAGAACUAUCUCUGCUGUCUCUAUCCAUCAUUAAAACAGAUGGGCAAUGGUUA